ACUGCGUAUCGCGCAUGCUCACAGGCCACGGUUUCUCCUUCUUGGUGUCCAACUGGCGCGUGUCGAAAGUUGAGAAGCAACAACACAAUUCUUAUAAGUUUGAUUUGUUUAAAGCUUUUGCACGUUUAUUGAAUUAUCGAAAAUGUCAAAAACACCACUGAAACCUGAAGAAUUGAAAUGCAUUACAUUUCAUUAUGCUGAGCUGGUUAGACAUAUAAAUGUGGAAGAUGUCAUCGGCCAUCUUGUCAGCGAGUUUGUUCUAACCUUUGAUGAGAAGAAUGAAAUACAAUCUAAGCCGACCAGAGCUGAUAAAGCUGAUUGUUUGCUGGAUAAAAUACUAAAGCCAGGACCUAAUGGGAGAUUUCAAAUAUUUGUAGACUCGCUAGCGCAGUAUAAUGAACUGCAUUCCAAAGUGACUUCAUAUAUGGAUUCAUUGAGAAAUUCUCAGAUUGAAACUGACACAAAUAUGCCGUCAGCGGGCAGUGCAGAGGGUUGCGGGACACCCAUCGCAGGCCCAGGAAAUUCUUUUCCUAAUCGAGAGGAAUAUAUAACAUCAACACCAAAAUUAGAAUUAACAUCUAAGGAAACCAUCGCUCAACCUUCUAUAGAAUCUAUGGUUUCUACUUCUAAACCUACGCGAAAAUCUUGUUAUAAAUUAUCAAAAGAGGAAGUUGAGGAGAUCUUGUUACCUUUAUUACAAGAUCUACAAGAUCAAACCAAGUUAAAAGAAGUAUUAAAAUUAACUUGUGACAGUACAAAACCACCUCAGAUACCUGAAUGGCGACAGAUGCAAAUCUGUAUUUUAGACCACACAGUUAAAAACCUCAUUGAAUGGAUUGAGCAAUCUAAGAACUCCAUUCCGUUAGAUCUGCUUGUGAAUUCACUGGAAACUUUGGUUGUCAUCAUCGGAAUCCGAGCAUCCAAAGAAAUAGACAAAGCUGACAAAAAUGUUUUAAAGCUCUUUCAACUUCUAAUGCAAAAUAACAUAAAUGCCAAAUUGAUUCCAAAGAAUGAAACAAACAUAAACAGAAUAUAUUUUUCUUUGAUAUUCUAUAUGGUUGAGAGAAAAUUAAAGAAUGAAGAAAUAAAAGUUUGUAUUGUUGCACAAAAGGUCUUUAACAAGGAAAGCAAUCACCCAAAUGAAUUCAUCAAAGAAGUUCGAGCUUCCUUGUUUGAAAGUUUUCUUAGUAUGCCUUUGCGUUCAGCAGGUGCAAUUCUGGAACUCUCCUUACAGUGGUUGGAGGAAGCAAUGACAAAAAAAGAACUGACUUUAAAAAAUGGUCUUGAGGUUUCACUUUUAUUAUCAGUUGUAGAAAAGUUAUCCACAGAGGAGUAUGACUUAAUGGGGAGACAGGCUGUGGAUAAAAUGAAAAGUUUGAUUCCUCACUUUCUACAAUCCAAGAAAUCUUUGGGAAACAAAUACGCCCUAAUAAAAAGCUCCUGCAUGAUCAUCAUUUGUAACAUUUUUUUACAUGACAAGCAAGCUCCCGAAUUUACAACAAAGGAAAUUGAAAAGUUUCUCAUUCAGUGCUUCAAAGAUGACGAUGAAAGGCUUCAACUAAUAGCAGCAGUAACAACGAGUUUUGUUGGAAAGACAGCUGUGGUAGCAACACAGAAAUCACAAACUCUUAUAACAGAAUUGGAUGAUAAAGUAAUGAAAAAAAUGUGUGACUGUUUGUCUUCGUCACUUCAAGACAAUCAUAACAAGUGUUUUUGUGGACUUUCUGUUAGACAUUUGAUGUCUGCAUUGGAACAUUUUCUGAAAGACUCAAAAAAUUUUCAGAAGGUGUCACAGGAUGAUGGCUUUGAAAAAUUAAAAACAUUGGAGGUUGCUGUUCAAAAGCAAGAUCAUUCAGUGAAAGAAGCUUAUCAAAGAAUAAUGACAAAAUUGAAACCGAAAGGGAAAGGAAAAAGUCUCAAACGAAAGCUUCCUAUGGAAGAGAAUACUACAAGUUAAGAAUCGCAAUCUUCGGAAAAGUAUUCAGUUAAAAAAAUAACUUUUUUAAAAUUUUCUCUGAUGUUUAAUGAUUUUCUAAAUGAGAAUACUUAUAUAUAUAUAUAUAUAUAUAUAUAUAUAUAUAUAUAUAUAUAUAUAUAUAUAUAUAUAUAUAUAUAUAUAUAACAGAAACUAAUAUAGACAUUAAAGCACUGCAGUUUAAAGCAAUCAAAUAUGAUACCUAUGAUACCAUUUAAUUGUUGUUGGAAAUAUCAUGUCUUCAUUUAAAAUAUUUAAUGAUGUCAAGAAUAUUUUUCUGUUAGAAAAUUAGAAAAUUAUACAAUAGUUAUUAUAUUUUAUGUGUAAAACAAAAUAUUUCUUUCAAUUAAAUAAUAGAUACAAUUUUUUUUAUUUGAAGCACAUCCUGAACCAACUGCACUGUUACCAUUUAAAUAAAAUGCAGAUAAUCUUUUUUUUUUUGCCUUACUUUGAACUUUCGGAUUUUCUCCUAUUUAUCAAUAUUCUUUUUAGCGGCCCCAGAAGGGAAAUAGCCGCUAUAUUAGUACUGUGUUGUAUAUCUGCCUGAAUGUCCGUCACGUUUAUAUCUCAAAAACUAGAAAAUGCAACACUACUUUUUAUUCUUUUCUAAAAUCGAAAAGUUAAAGUUAUGAAAUCAACUAAAAAUACUCCAUUUUUCAACUAUUCACUAAUAAUAGUACAAUACAAUGGAUUAUUAUUAUUAUGUUGUAAGGUGAUUUUUAACUUUUGUUUUUAACACAUUAAUGCAAAUGGUUUUGGGUUUCUUGUUAAAAUUUAUGUUUAACAUUUUUUAUUACUAAAUUAAAUAUUUUCUGUCAUAAUAGCUACUUACAUUUAAAACAAAUGUUAACUUGUAUUUUAAAAGAGAACGAAUCUUUUUAAAUAUACAUUAUUUCUAUAUAUAUAGCGCUACUUUCAUGCUUAUAGCAUGCUCACAGCGCUUUGGGGGAGGGGGGAGGCGGUAUCUAGGAGUUGGUAAUCCAACUCAGUAAACACAACUCUGCCCGAGUCGGGUGUCGAACCUCGAACCUCCAAGCCAAGUUCAAGCGCACUUGGCCUCUUGACCACGCUUCCCACUACAAUUAAAACGAAUAUAAUUUGAAAGAAUAAUUUAUAAGCAGUGUUUCAUAUUUUACACGUUGAGAGCUAUGACAUUGUCCAUUCUUCCGCAUUGAACUAAAGAGAAACGUGUUUUUCUUGAAUGAGUAAUUGGCCUUUUACAAAACAACAAUUAAAGCUCUUAAUAACAUCACUUAAGCCAUGUUCACAUUUAACUAUAUCUUCAUAACUAUCAGUUCUUUGAAUAUAUUAACUAAGUAAUAAUAAUAACAUUAAUAAAUCUUUGUAUUGUGUGGUAUCAGGCCGAUUGUCGAAUUUUCAAUAUAACAGUAUCUGCAACACAUUCGCGUGUUUAAUCUUUUAGUAUCCACGGAGAGAGAUAUAGUUGUAGUUGUAGUUGUUGAUAGUUUGUAGUUCAUACUUUGUCUGAUAUUCUUUAUGAAAAAAUUGAAACCUGCCUUUUUACUUGCCUGAACGAACAACUUCAUGGGCCGAUUUUGAGUUUGUAAUUCUACACAAACUGUCUUUUAUAACCUUGUUUUAUUAUGGUUUUCUUACUUUUGAGGUAAACUUGUUAACUAUAAACUUUAAACUUACUCUUUUAACUGUCAUUUUAUUACUCUGUUCUUCCAUAAAUUUAAAGAUUUAAUUAUAACUGGCUUGAAUUAAUUUUUAUUUUUUAUUUAAAUAAAAAAUAGUGUGUUUUUUUCCU